UUCAAUGGGUUAGUAUACGCAAAAUGUUCUCCGUGGUUAAUUUGUUAGUGCUUCCUUCGUUGGUUAUUUUUUACACCCAAAGCGAGGUUUCAGUGCACAAUCCCUUUUAUUGCUAUUCGAACGAUCCAAUCAGACCACGAAGUAUGUUUGGCGGAAUACAUAGCAUUUAUGAAAUCAGCCGAGGACAGACGAUUAAUGCGAAUGUUUCGACCUGUAAUCCCACGAAAUUUUGGAUGGCUGGUCGACAUGGAGCAAUAUUGCCGCUUGCACCUGAUGUUCCAAAUAUAUCCGCAACUGUUGCUAGACUUCAAAGUGAAAUUCUAUUAAAUUACGACCAAGGAAGAACAUCACUGUGUGCAUCCGACAUUGAAUUGAUUCGAAAUUGGCGAUUUGAUCCAAAUAUCACAAUGGAAAAUGCAGGAUUUUUAGCAUCAUCUGGUUGGGAUGAGAUGGAAGCACUGGCACAACGUUUCCAGAUUGCAUUUCCAUCAAUUCUGUCAUCGACAUAUUCACCAAACGAUUACUUCUUUCGCUCGACUGAUCUUCAACGCACAAAAGCCAGUCUCAAUGCAUUUGCUGACGGUUUGUUUGGAGUUAAUGGACACGAGCAAGUUCAAUUCGAAGAUGUUCCUGAGCAGGACGUUUUUAUGAGAUCUAAUCAAUAUUGUCCCCUUUAUAUUGAGAUUAAUGCCGAACGAGUCGAACAGAAUGCGUUUCAGAAUGGUCCAGAAUAUCAAGAAAUGACAACUCAGGUCAGUGCAAAAUUGGGAUUCCAUGGCUCACACGUACUGCGAAACAGUGACAUUGCGAUACUUGCUCAAAUCUGCCGGUUCGAACGAAUCUGGGAUCAAAAUUCAACGUCUCCAUUCUGUGCAGCUUUUUCAAUUGCAAACAGUCAAGUGAUUGAAUAUUAUGAGGACGUUGACCUUUACCACAGGUUUGGUUAUGGUCGACCAGAAUAUCGUAGAUUGUACGAAAAUUUAAUGUGCUUCCAAAUGCAAGACAUGUUGCGUUUCAUUCAAUCGAAUGAUGCCAAUGACCACAAAGCAAGAAUAUUCAACGGGCAAGUAAACCAAUUCAUGACUCUGUUAAGCUUUCGAGCUUUCGACGAUGAUGCUCCUCUGACACGACACAAUUUUGCGCAACAGAUGCAAAGGGUAUGGAGAUCGAGCAUUAACAUGCCGAUGGCAUCCAAUUUGGCUGUGAUCCGAUAUGACUGCGAUGACGAUGACAAUGAUGUACUUUUCUUAUACAACGAGUUGCCGUUACAAAUUUCUGGAUGUGGUCCAAAUGGAGUGUGCAAACAAUCAUUAAUUUUAGAAAGAUUUAGUCACUUCCUGAAUGUUAAUUGUAUGGAUGUGUUUUGCACCAACUCUUAAAAAUUAUUUGCAAAAUGA